AUGCAGGGCCGGAUCAUCAACCAAGAUCUGCCAACCGUCGUGGCGAACACGAUCGAACAUCCUGGAGUCGAGCAAUGCCCACAUGACUUCUUUACCGAGCAACCCAUCAAAGGCGCACAAGUCUAUUACAUGAGGAAUGUUGUUCAUGACUGGGGCAACGUAAAAGCCCUUCGAAUCCUGAAGAAUAUUGUGCCAGCCAUGACAGAAGGUUCGGAUAUAUGGCUCGACGAGUUCGUUGUUCCAGACGUUGGGGCAAUAGAAUUACAGGUCAAUUGGGAUAUGACCAUGCUUGUCUCAGUCAACACCACGGAGAGAAGUCGUACGCAGUGGCAGAGAUUAUUGGCCGAAGCUGGUCUGAGCAUCAAGAAGAUUAUGGAAUAUAAUCCUGGGUCGGGAGAGUCCAUGAUCAGGGCUGUGCCGGCAGCAACAGUACACUCUUGGUUGGUGACACUGUAG